AUGGCCGAAAUUUCGGAAAAGACAGCCGCUGCAACAAGUAGCAGCAAUCCCUCGCGACCAUCGUCGUCAAGCCACAGCGGGAGUGGUUCAACCGACAAAGAUGCAGCUCGCCCACAUAUGAAAUCUUCGAGCGACCCCAACAACGAAAAGCUGGACUUAACAAAGGCCGAUUCAGCAGUCAUCGUGCCCCCAAAAGUAGAAAACAUCGAGGAUCAUUAUCGACACUUGCCACCUGACGAAGCCGAGGUAUUGCGACGCCAAGUCGUUAGUCCCGAAGUCAAGCAGGGUGUCGCUGUACUAUACCGAUAUGCCUCCCGUAACGACAUCCUCAUCAUUAUAGUCUCCAGUAUUUGCGCUAUUGCUGGCGGCGCUGCGCUUCCUCUUAUGACCGUUGUCUUCGGAAAUCUCCAGGGCGUUUUCCAAGACUUUUUCGUGAAUCGUACGUUGAGCUCCAGUGCCUUCAACGAUAAAUUGGUGGAAUUUGUUUUGUACUUUGUCUAUUUAGGCAUUGGCGAAUUCAUUGUCGUGUAUGUGUCGACCUGUGGCUUCAUUUACACCGGCGAGCAUAUUUCUGCCAAAAUCCGCGAGCAUUACCUUGAAAGUUGUUUACGCCAGAAUAUCGGGUUUUUCGACAAGCUUGGCGCAGGUGAGGUCACCACAAGAAUUACAUCCGACACGAAUCUCAUCCAAGAUGGCAUCUCCGAGAAGGUGUCUCUCACUCUUGCAGCUGUGGCUACAUUCGUCUCGGCCUUUAUCAUCGGUUUCAUCAAGUACUGGAAACUGACCCUGAUCCUUUUUUCCACCGUCAUUGCUCUUCUGAUCAACAUGGGCGGUGGUUCGUCCUUCAUAUUAAAAUACAAUCGACAAAGUCUUGAAGCCUAUGCUCAUGGAGGAAGUCUUGCAGAUGAGGUAAUAAGUUCUAUUCGCAACGCUAUAGCAUUUGGUACCCAGGAAAGACUUGCCCGACAAUACGAUGCACACCUCAAGAAUGCUGAGCACUUCGGUUUCCGGGUCAAAGGCGCUGUCGCUUGUAUGAUUGCAGGUAUGAUGUUGGUCUUGUACCUCAACUAUGGCCUUGCCUUUUGGCAAGGUAGCAAGAUGCUUGUGGAUGGUGAAACUUCACUUUCCAAUAUCCUCACUAUCCUUAUGGCCGUGAUGAUAGGUGCCUUCAACCUAGGUAACGUCGCUCCCAACAUUCAGGCUUUUACGAAUGCCAUUGCUGCUGCUGCCAAGAUCUUCAAUACAAUAGAUCGUGUUUCUCCCCUCGAUUCCUCCAGCAAUGAGGGUGAGAGGCUCGAGGAAAUCCAAGGCUCCAUCAAGCUUUCUGGCAUCAAACACAUCUACCCGUCUCGCCCGGAAGUCACGGUUAUGGAUGAUGUGAGUCUUGAAAUCCCUGCCGGCAAGGUGACGGCUCUCGUUGGGGCCUCAGGCUCGGGCAAAUCGACGAUUGUGGGCUUGGUUGAACGCUUCUACGAUCCUGUGCAAGGCACAGUUUACCUGGAUGGGCACGAUAUCUCUAAGCUUAAUCUCCGAUGGCUACGACAGCAAAUGGCUCUUGUCAGCCAAGAACCUACACUCUUUGGCACUACUAUCUUUAACAACAUUCGUCACGGUUUGAUCGGCACCAAGUAUGAAGAUGCGAGCGAGGAAAAACAGCGUGAACUGGUUAUCGAAGCAGCCAAGAAGGCAAACGCGCAUGACUUUGUUUCUGCUCUUCCCGAAAAAUAUGAAACCAACGUUGGAGAACGAGGAUUUCUCCUUUCAGGUGGCCAGAAGCAGCGUAUUGCUAUCGCUCGUGCCGUCGUUUCUGACCCUAAAAUUCUCCUCCUUGACGAAGCAACAAGCGCUCUCGAUACCAAGUCGGAGGGUGUUGUGCAGGCUGCCCUUGAGAAUGCUUCUGAGGGUCGUACAACCAUCACCAUUGCUCAUCGUCUUUCAACUAUUAGGGAUGCCCACAACAUCGUUGUAAUGUCUGAUGGUCGAAUUGUAGAACAGGGUACUCACAACGAACUUCUAGAGAAGAAGAGUGCAUACUUCAGGCUCGUUUCGGCCCAAAACAUUGCUGCCGCUGAGGAAACGACUGCUGAGGAGCAGGCUGCCAUUGACGAGGAGGAAGUAUCACUCAUGCGGAAGAUGACAAGCGAGAAGCAAACUGCAAUCAUCGCCGACCCUAACGAUGACAUCGCAGCCAAGCUAGAUCGCACCAGCACCACAAAAUCUGCAUCGAGUCUGGCUCUUCAAGGUCGCAAAGCGGAGGGUGAACAAGAGUAUGGCAUGUGGACACUUAUCAAACUCAUUGCAUCUUUCAACACUAGGGAAUGGAAGCUCAUGGUUGUUGGUCUGUUCUUCUCUGCUAUCUGUGGUGGAGGCAACCCUACCCAAGCUGUUUUCUUUGCCAAGCAGAUCACGACUCUUUCAGCGCCAGUGACAGAUCAAAACCGCCACCAAAUCAAGAAAGAUUCUGAUUUCUGGAGCGCCAUGUAUCUCAUGCUCGCCUUUGUUCAGUUGUUUGCAUUCAUCAUUCAGGGUGUCUUGUUCGCUAAAUGUUCCGAGCGACUGGUCCACAGAGUACGAGACCGAGCUUUCCGAACCAUGCUUCGCCAAGACGUUGCCUUCUUUGACCGCGAUGAGAACACCGCAGGAGCCCUCACUUCAUUUCUUUCCACUGAAACAACUCACGUUGCUGGACUGAGCGGCGUGACUCUGGGGACGCUGUUAAUGGUUGGCACAACCCUCAUUUCUGCCAUUGUUCUAUCUUUAGCAAUUCAGUGGAAGCUGUCACUUGUGUGUAUCGCAACGAUCCCAGUCCUCCUGGGAUGUGGCUUUUUCCGUUUCUGGAUGCUCGCUCAUUUUCAGCGCCGCUCUAAGGCUGCCUACGACAACUCUGCUAGCUUUGCUUCGGAGGCAAUAUCCGCCAUCCGAACCGUCGCUGCGUUGACACGAGAAGAUGAUGUUUUGAAGCAGUACAGAGACUCUCUGGCCAUACAGCAACGCAAGAGCUUGAUCUCGGUCUUGAAAUCCUCUACACUCUACGCCGCCUCACAGUCCCUGCUAUUCGCAUGCUUCGCGCUCGGCUUCUGGUAUGGCGGCACUCUUAUAGGGAAGUUCGAACUGAGCAUGUUUCAGUUCUUCCUCUGCUUUAUGGCAAUCAUUUUCGGAGCACAAUCAGCAGGAACGAUCUUCUCCUUCGCUCCUGACAUGGGUAAAGCGCACCACGCUGCCGGAGAACUCAAAAAGUUGUUUGAUAGACAGCCCGUGGUUGACACUUGGUCAGACACCGGAGAGCGGCUGUCUCAGGUUGAGGGCACUCUCGAGUUCCGUGACGUUCAUUUUCGUUAUCCUACUCGACCCGAGCAACCUGUUCUGCGUGGGCUGAACCUUGUCGUAAGACCUGGACAGUAUAUUGCCCUUGUUGGAGCCUCCGGUUGCGGGAAAUCAACUACGAUCGCGCUCCUAGAACGAUUCUACGAUCCACUUUCCGGCGGGGUGUUCAUUGAUGGUCAUGAGAUCAGCACGUUAAAUAUAAACGACUAUCGAUCACACAUUGCGCUUGUCAGUCAGGAGCCUACACUUUACCAAGGAACCAUCAAGGACAACAUCCUUUUAGGUACUGCCCGCGAGGAUGUCUCAGAUAAAGACAUUGAGCAUGCGACUCGUGAAGCCAAUAUCUAUGACUUUAUCGUGUCACUUCCUGAUGGGUUCAACACUAUUGUUGGUAGUAAGGGUGCGUUGUUGUCUGGUGGGCAGAAGCAGCGGAUUGCUAUUGCAAGAGCUUUGAUCCGAGAUCCUAAGAUCUUGCUCCUUGACGAAGCGACAUCGGCCCUAGACUCUGAGUCAGAGCAUGUGGUACAAGCAGCGUUGGACAAGGCGGCCAAGGGCCGAACCACCAUUGCCGUUGCGCAUCGUCUAAGCACCAUUCAAAAGGCUGAUGUCAUUUACGUUUUUGAUCAGGGUCGUAUCGUUGAGCAAGGAACACAUACGGAGCUGAUGAAGAAGAAUGGACGUUACGCUGAGUUGGUUAACUUGCAGAGCCUCGAGAAGCAGAGGUAG